CCUAUCUCCUAUCCGUCAGGUUGUGUAUCUUGUCAUGCACCCGGCCCAACAAUCGCUCGGUCUCUCAAGAAAUCUCAUUGAAAGAGGAUCCACUUUACCAUUCCUAGUGCCACUCGUCCAAGUUAUAUAACCCCCCCUUGAUCCCCAACCGUCUUGGAUCCUAAACAAUCACUCAAAGAAAUGGCUUUCAAAGGACCUUUACAGCCUCGACCAUUCACGAUCGAAACGCCUCAGCAGGUGUUGGAUGACAUGAAGACACUCAUUAGGCUUGGGCGUCUGGCUCCAGCCACGCACGAGGGUACCCAUCCAGAAGGCGAAUUUGGUAUAUCCGACGAGUGGAUUAAGAAUGCUAGGGAAUUUUGGUUGUCUGACUUUGAUUGGCGGGCACAUGAAAAGCGCAUUAAUUCGUUUCCUAACUGGAGGGCCGAUGUUACGGACGAUGAUGGGUCUAUUUAUAAUGUUCAUUUCAUUGGGGUUUUGUCCGACGAUGCCAAUGCUGUUCCCCUCAUUUUGUUGCACGGGUGGCCAGGAUCGGUCCUCGAAUUCCUUGACAUUAUUCCUAUCCUUCAGGAAUCGACCUCCUCGCCAUUCCAUAUUAUUGUGCCUUCCCUCCCUGGUUUUGGCUGGACGUCCGGCCCGCCCCUACACGUCAACUUCAAUAUUGCGGGAAUAGCCCGAAUCAUAGACAAAUUGGUGACUGGGCUCGGCUUCCGAGACUAUGUUGUUCAAGGCGGAGACAUUGGCUCUCAGGUUGCACGCAUCCUCGGAGCAGGGGCCCCAAAUUGCAGAGCUGCUCACGUCAACAUGUUUUUCGCGAAGGGGGCUCCUGCAGAAGGACUACCUCUUACACCUGCAGACGAAGUGAGACUUAAAAACAUACUAAAGUUCCACACAACAGGCUUUGCGUAUGCAGACGAGCAUGCGACUCGGCCUAGCACCAUUGGCCAUGUUUUGAGCAGCAAUCCCAUCGCUUUGUUGGCUUGGAUCGGCGAAAAACUCAUAGCAUGGACCGAUUCGACUCCGUCGUUGGAUACCAUUCUUGCGAUGGUGACGGUAUACUGGGUAACGAAUAGCGCUUCGACUAGUCUCUACCCAUACAGAGAUGCGACAAGGCAGGACCCAUCUCUCAGCAUUAAAAAGCCUUUCGGAUACUCCAUCCUCCCUAAGGAGGUUCUGCCCUACCCUCCAAGCUGGGUUGGUUACAAAUCGAAUCUUGUGUUUGUGCGGGAACAUAAAAAGGGAGGACACUUUGCGGCCCUUGAAUGCCCUCGCGAGCUCGCGGGGGAUAUUAUUGAGUUUGUGUCCACACUGCACAAAUUUGAAACUUCCCCCGAGUCAGGCUCGGCCUGAUUGCAGGGCACGACCCGGGCAUCUCUACACGAACCAAUAACGAAUGGUUGGAAAAUGAAUGUUAUGUAUACUAGUUGUCAAAAUCAAGUCGCAGUGCGGUUCUGUACACAAUGGAAUAGAUUCGG